AUGUCCGGUGCAGCUGCUGCUUCUGCCGCUGGUUACGACAGACAUAUUACGAUUUUUUCCCCUGAAGGUAGAUUAUUUCAAGUUGAAUAUGCAUUUAAAGCAACUAAUCAAACGAACCUGAAUUCCAUUGCAGUUCGUAGUAAGAACUGUAGUGUGGUGGUGAACCAAAAGAAAGUGCCAGACAAGUUAUUGGAUCCUGCUACAGUAUCAUAUAUUUUCAAGAUUUCUUCACAUAUUGGGAUGUUAGUCAAUGGGCCAAUUCCUGAUGCUCGAAAUGCUGCUAUAAGAGCUAAAUCGGAAACAGCCGAAUUCCGUUACAAAUAUGGGUACGAUAUGCCAUGUGACGUGCUUGCGAAGAGAAUGGCUAAUAUUGCUCAAGUGUAUACGCAGCGUGCAUAUAUGAGACCAUUAGGUGUUGUAUUGACGUUUAUUGCUAUGGAUGAAGAACAAGGACCUGUGAUUUACAAGACUGAUCCUGCAGGCUACUUUGUCGGUUAUAAAGCCACCGCAACAGGUCCUAAGCAACAGGAGAUCACUACGUCGUUGGAGAAUGCAUUUAAGAAACGUUUAGGAACACAGGAUGGAUUGGAUGAAGAUACAUGGGAGAAGACUGUAGAGUUCGCCAUUACACAAUUGAUUGAUUCAUUGGGGACAGAGUUCACUAAUAAGGAUAUUGAAGUCGGUGUGGCUAUUGAAAAUAAGUUUUUCACUUUAACUACAGAUGAAAUUGAGGAAAGAUUAGUCGCCAUUGCCGAACAAGAUUAA